AUGUCCCCACCACCAGCGCCUUCGUAUCCUCCUCCCUUCCCGUGGCCGAGCUCUACACUUCCAUUCUGGAGGACAGAACUACAUGAGCUGGAUAGCGCGCGAACAACACCAGAGCUACCAAAAGAAACCGAUGUGUUGAUCAUUGGAGCUGGCUAUAGUGGAGCCUCGACUGCGUAUCACCUCUGUGACGAUAACCCGUCACCGCCAUCCAUUGUGAUCCUAGAAGCACGUCAAGCAUGUUCCGGGGCAACGGGGCGGAAUGGCGGGCAUCUGAAGCCGGACGUGUAUUUCAACAUUCGGAAAUACAGCGAGAAGUACGGGGCCCAAGAAGCCGCGGAAGUGGCGCGCUUUGAGGCUUCUCAAAUCUUCGCCGUCAAGGCUCUUGUUGAGAAAGAAAAGAUCGAUUGCGAUUUUGUUCUUACUCGCGCCAUAGACGUUACUUUUGAUCCGGAGCUUGCUAAGAAGUCGAAAGAUGAUUACGAUUUCCUGGUCAAAGCUGGCGUAGCUUCUCUAGAUGAUGUGCAAUACACGUCAGGGAAAAACGCGGAAGGAGCAUAUCUCAAGGUUUCGGGAGUCAAAGGCGCACUCUGUGCGUUCAGCUUUACCGCCGGUCACGUCUGGCCCUACAAGCUAAUCAUGGCUCUCUUGAGCAUUGUUGUGGCCAAAGGUGUCAACCUCCAGACACACACGCCUGUAACGAGCAUAUCCGAUACUCCUGAUUCAGAGGGCCGGUGGACGGUGACCACCUCCCGCGGCUCCAUCAAAGCCAAAAAGGUCGUCCUUGCUUCUAAUGCCUAUACCUCUGGCAUAGCCCCGCAGUUCGCCAAUAAGAUUGUCCCCGUGCGCGGAAUCUGUAGCCGUAUCACAACGCCAGCAAACAAGCCAGCACCAACUCUCGUCAAUACUAUGAGCCUCCGGUAUAAGGCCAAUCAGUAUGACUACCUGAUUCCGCGCACCGAUGGUAGCAUCAUCGUCGGCGGCGCAAAGCAGCAGUUCUGGUCGGAUCCAACGCACUGGUAUGGUGUAACAGAUGAUAGUAAGCUGAUUGAGCCCGCAAAGAAUUAUUUCGAUGGCUUGAUGCAGCGGCAUUACAAGGGCUGGGAAGACAGCGGCGCGUAUACUGAUAAAGUUUGGACUGGAAUUAUGGGAUAUAGCUCGGAUUUCAUGCCAUAUGUAGGCGACGUACCAGGAAAGCCAGGCCAGCUGGUUGCGGCUGGUUUUAGCGGACAUGGUAUGCCACUUAUCCUGCUAUCAACUAAAGGUAUUGCGCAGAUGAUUUUGCAUGGGAAGAAGUUCGAGGAGGUUGGCAUACCAAGUAUCUUCAAGGCUACCCAAGAGCGUCUUUCUUCCCAGACGAACGACAUUCUCUCUUUAGCUGCGCCGGAAACACCUCCUAUAAUGCCGGCUGUAUCGAAGUUAUGA